AUGCCUUGUGGCUUCCUACACAACUUGUACGCCACCCCGCAGCCUCGGUCAUUGGUGGAACAGCCUGCUUGCUCUCCCCACGGCCUCCCCAAGAACCGGGCAGCCCAGCUGACCAAGGGAGCUUUUUAUAAUCGAUCCAUAAAGGUCACAGGCAGCAGACCCGCGCGCCCGGGCACCCUUUCUCCUGCCGCCAGCCCGCCUGUCCCCAAAACGGAGGAGCCCGCCGGCCCCACCAUGUCGUCAGACCCCAGCGCCCCGCCGGCGGGGCCGACGGCACGUGCCUCUGCUGGCCCCAUCUUCAAGGGCGUCUGCAAGCAGUUCUCUCGCUCCCAGGGCCACGGGUUCAUCACUCCCGAGAACGGCACAGAGGACAUUUUCGUCCACGUGUCUGACAUCGAGGGGGAGUACGUCCCGGUGGAGGGGGACGAGGUGACGUACAAGGUCUGCCCCAUCCCUCCCAAGAACCAGAAGUUCCAGGCGGUGGAGGUGGUCCUCACCAACCUGGCGCCCCACACGAAGCACGAGACAUGGUCUGGAAACCAGGUCUGCCCGGUGUUGGCCCUCUCUGAAAAUGUCUCUGGCAGCCUGAUGGAGAGCUGA